CAAGAUGGCGGCGCCCAGGGCGCUUCUCCGAGCCAGAUACCCAGCGUGGUGGGGAGGAGGAACCCCCAGGACCCUGAGCAGCUGGAGUAACAUUGGCCAAGGCCCUAACCCCAACUAUGACCUGAAUCCGAAUCGUGGCCAUGCCCCGCAGCAGGGGCUGAUGGCCAGCAUGGCUUCCCGAUUCUAUGAUGUGGAACAAUUUCGAGAGUGGAUUUUCCGUUUCUGGAGCUGGAAUCUAUAUAGGAAAAACAGGGUCUUCAGCUACACAUUGAGACACUAUGGCCCUGAUGUGGCGGCUGCUCACUUUGUCCUGACCCAGGGGGGAGCUGUCAGGUUCCAGGACCACGAGUGGAUCCUCCCCGGAGACAAGAACCGAUUCCUUCGGAACAGUCUUCACUUCCAGAAGCUGGCCCUGGAGGAGGUGGACGCCAGUGGCUGUGUCAUUAACUACUAUGGGCUGGAGAACUUGGUGUUCCUUGGAGGGCUGAGGUCCCUGAAGCUGUGUGGCUGUCCCAAUGUGGAUGACUGGUGCCUGAGCCGCCUGUACUCUCUGGGCAGCAGCCUGCAGGAGCUCUCUCUGGCUGGCUGUCCCCGGGUCACUGAGCGAGGCCUGGCCUGCCUCCACCACCUCUGGAACCUCCGGCGUCUGGACAUCUCCAACCUUCCAGGCCUGUCCAAUAAGGGCCUAACCCAGAUUCUGGUGGAGGAGAUGCUGCCCAAUUGUGAGGUGGUCGGGGCAGACUAUGCUGAUGGGCUGGAGCCCCUCCCUGAAGAAGGGGGGUGUGUGGAAGAGAAGGCGGCAGCGGGGGUGGCAGCAGCCAUCCCUGGUGCCCCGGCAGGUCCCAUGCCUAUAGAGAAAACACUGUGGAACAGAGGGGCACCAUCAGGCAUGUUGCCCAGAAGCCCCGUCCUCCCCGCUCUGUACCCUGGGCUUAGAGAUGUAUCAGAAGUAAAGGAUUACCCCAAGGAUGCUGGAGGGGAGACAGGACAGGGGAAGUUUGGCCUGCUUCCCCCACCCCCUCUCUUAGCUUCUCUGCACCCCCGACUAAAUGGGGGGCCCCUACUAGCCCCCCUCAUGUAGUUGUCCCCAGAAUCUCCCCUCAUUUCCUUCAUGUCCUGGGAUGGGGCAGGGCUGAUAAUUGGAGUGAUGGACAGGAGGAACAAGAGGUGAGCCAGGGAAUUCUGUACCAAGGGGAUGAUCAAAAGGGGGGCCUGGCAAAUCCAGGCAGCACCCCCUUGGAUGGUUGUCUCAGAAACCAGGGUGAUAGACACCCCAGGAGAUGCUGAUGGCUCAUCCCUCCUUCCUCCCAACCUCCACUGGGAUGUGGUGUCUGAGUGCAGAGCCGAGUCCAUUAAUUCCAGGCUGCAUUUCUCCCCCUUCCCCACGGGCUUCAUUAGUCUGAGGAAGGGAGGGGGGCUGGGACUCAGUCACUCACCACAGGCCCCCCCCACCCCCUUCACACAGAUAAUAAACAUCUUUGGAAACCAAAA